AUCUGAAGUACCGGAUCAACACUUGUCCAAAAGAAUUCGAUUUAAUUCUACCUUAACAGUGAAAUAACAUCACGAUCAAUCGACAAAAGCUGCUAAAGCAUCUUCCCGUCGAACGGACGAAAGCACCAUGUCACAGCAACGCAAGGGACCAUUUCGGCUCGUUACCGUCAACACAGCUCCCGAGCGCGCGAAAAAGCUCAUUGGACGCAUGAUAGAGAGUCUCCAGGACCGUUAUGACAUUGAAUAUGUCGCAAACUGCUCAUCCAUUGAGGAAGUAGCACCAACAGUACGGGAAAAGCAACCUAAUGUACUCUUCUCCGCGUCCAUGUGGACUGCAGAGCAAGCAGCGGAAAUUCGAGGUAUUGCAGAGAAAGAGAGACCCGGUAUCAAGACACACGCGAUACCACAGGGGUUGCAGGUUGAAAGAGGCCCGGAUGCAAUUGUCGAAUACUUGGUAGAAAAGGUACCAGCACUUCUAGACAGUAUCGAGACCUAGACGUGCAUCUUAGCAUGAUGGGGCAUGUGACUAUAUUACCAUUAUGUAAAAGAUAUAUACGGGCCUCCGAUAUGUUGUCAAGUCUAG